UUCACACCCUUUUACGUGUACAACAUAACAACCACUUCAUUUCCAUUUCAAAAGAAAAAAAAUACUAUACUCGCAAGAAGAAAAAGUCAUAUUCUCUAACCCAAAUUCAAGAAAGAAAAAAUACUACAUCAAAUAUCAACACAAGUUGAAAAAAACUUGAUCUGACAUAAUGGGUCCAAUUGUUCUAACACAAUUAGGUCUUAGUGUAUUAGCAGGUGCAGCUUUGGUUAAAUCAGUUAUGGACCAGAAAACCAUGAUGGGUCCGGGUUCGGGUCAGUUUCCUCGGUGCUCCAGGUGUAAUGGAACGGGUCGGGUUUCUUGCAUGUGUUCACGUUGGUCAGAUGGUGAUGUGGGUUGUCGGACUUGUUCCGGGUCGGGUCGGAUGGCUUGUAACAGCUGUGGGGGUACAGGUAUGGGUCGUCCAAUUCCGGUUCAAAUAUCUGUUCGUCCUCCUAACCGUUCAAUUUAAAACAGUUUGUAUUUAAUUAAUUCAGAUUCUUCAGAUUGAGAAAGGAUCAGAUUUUUAUGUAAUAUUGUAUAUGUUUGGUGAUACUUGAGAUCAGUUAGAAAUUUGUGGUUCUAAAUUGUAAUUAUUGUUAUAGUUUGAUGACAGAUUCAUACCAUGAGAUAGCUUUGACGCUCA